UAUAUUGAUUCAUAAUCACGUUUAAGCAUGGAAUUAAGACUAUCUUAUUAAUCCUGAAUUCAUAGUCAUAUAAGAUCAUCUUAUUUCACGCAUAGAUUGAUAAUUAAGACGACCUUCGCCAAGACGUGUCCGAGGACGUCUUAAGCAAUAACUUGCGAUAUAUUGAAAAGAUAUUUGCGUGUGUGUAUGUAGUUUUAAGUUUUUUAAAGUACAGAUGUGCAUCAGUGUACCUGUCUAAAUAUCUAAAAAAAUCUAUGUUCUUAUUCUUCUUUUGUAUCACUAUAUUCAAAAACUAACUAGUAUUUUUUAACAAUGGAUUUGGAAAAUCUCAAUAAUCUGGGAAUGCAUGAAUUAAACUUUUCGAGUGAUGAGGAGGAAGUAGAAGAGAUGCCAAUGCGUGCUCCUAAACGAUAUCUUCGUGAUUAUCAAAAUCCUUUCGAAAUCUACAGUGAAUGGGAAUUUAAACGAAGAUUCCGGUUUACCAAAAAUUCAGUAAUGUUUGGCAUUGUACCUUUAGUAGAGGAAGGACUUGCCAAAAUAAACAAUCGAGGCUUGCCAAUAUCUCCUAUUCUACAAUUAUUAAUAUGUUUAAGAUUUUAUUCAACUGCAAGUUUUCAGCUUGUUUUAGGAGAUUUAAUAACAAUAUCACAACCAACAAUUUCACGAAUUGUGUUUAAAGUGUCCACUUUAUUGGCUAGUCACAUUAACCGAUAUAUAAAAAUACCAUCGUCAGACGAAUCACGUUUUGAGAAUAAAAGAUUAUUUAAGGAACUUGGACGAGGUCAUGGAGGUAUCGGCCUUCCUAGCAUCGAUGGCGCAAUAGAUUGCACACAUGUUCGUUUGGUCCAUACUAGACUCCAAAAUAUUGAUGAAAUUUUUAGAAAUAGAAAAGGAUACUUUUCUUUGAAUGUUCAGGUUGUUGUCGGGCCACGCACCGAAAUUCUAGAUAUCGUUCCAGAAUGGCCAGGGAGCGAACAUGAUAGUCGGAUCUUUCAAAAUUCUCGCAUAUAUAUGCGAUAUAGACAAGGCGGACUAGAUGGAAUGCUUGUGGGAGAUGGUGGCUAUCCUGCAUUGCCUUUUUUACUGACGCCGAUUGGUAAUCCAAGAACGGAUGAAGAAAUAAACUACAAUUUAAUACAUGCAAGGACUCGAGGAAUUGUUGAGAGGACAUUUGGUAUUUUAAAGCGUAGAUUUCCAUGUUUGUCAAAAGGGCUUACCACAAAAUUACUAACGUCGACAUCAAUUGUCGUAGCAUGUGCCGUUCUUCAUAAUUUGUCAUUAAUUUUAAAUGAUAACUUGGAAGACGAUGAUGAAGAAAUAGUAAAUAUUAAUAAUGAAGUCCCGGUGGCCAAGCCUCACUGGCAACCUGGAGAGGGCAUUCUCGUACGAAAUGCUCUAAUUGAUCGACUGUUCAGAAAUGUAUAAGAGCUCUGAAAAUGACCGAACAUUUAAAGUCAGAUCCGCAAUUACAAGUGACUUUAAAGAAUAGAGAAACAGAAACAAAUAAAGCGCAGGAGAAGGCAGAAUGAAAUGGAGAAGAAGAAAGCGAUUAUGAUUUGGAUUAAUAGUAAGGCUGAAAAGGCUGAAACUGGCCAAAACAGUGAAGAAAAAGGAAAAGGAGAAAAUGAUGCGAAAAUAUAGAAAAUAGAAAUAAAUCAGAUUUUAGAAAUAAAACAGACUUUUAUUGUGUGUAAACAUAAACUGUUAAUCGCAAACGCUAUUUUUCAUACUUUUCAAACAUAACAUAAUUAUAUCUUGUAUACUAAA